AUCAUGUCGUACCUGCCCCCCCUGGACCUCCUCCACCUCGCGCGUGUCUCGAAUGACUUCCGGCAGAUGCUCAUGACGCGCAGCAUCAAAUGGCUCUGGGAGAUAUCCCUCCGACGAUACGACCCUUCCCCUCCUCCGUGCCCUGACUACUUGUCUAUGCCUGAGUACGUAUCGGUCCUAUUUGAGAAGGUGUGCAUGGUG